CCGGACCUCGCCGUCCUCCACACGCCGCCGGCCAACUGGCCAAGCCACUCCGCUCACCGUUCCUCUCCAUCUCCAUCGCCGCUCCUCACCGUUGACGAAAGCACCACACGGGAGGGGAGACUUUGACUCCUCCCUCCGGUCCUCCUCCUCCCGGCCUCGCUCGCUCUACGCGGCUGGCUGCUCCGUCUAAAGAUGGAUGCCGGGUAAGCUUCAGCGAUCCACCAACCUCAGCUCACUAUCCUCAUCUUGCCGCCUCUGCACGUCUCUCCACCUCAUGGCUCGCUCUCGCUCCAACCGCUACCGCCAGGACCUGUUCGUCGCCGUCGCCGUCGCCGUCGCCGUCGCGGCGUGUCUUGCCGUCGGGGAGGCGGCGUCCUUCGUCGGCUUCGACCUCCACCACCGCACCUCCCCGGUGGUCCGGCGCUGGGCGGAGGCGCGGGGCCACCACGCCCUCGCCGCGGAGUGGCCGGCUAAAGGCUCGCCGGAGUACUACUCCGAGCUCUCCCGCCAUGACCGCGCCCGCCGCGGCCUCGCCGGCGCCGGCGACCAACUCCUGACCUUCGGUGAUGGCAACGCAACCGUCCAAUACCUCGGAUUCUUGUACUACGCGUUGGUGGCGCUGGGCACGCCGAACGCGACGUUCCUGGUGGCGCUGGACACCGGCAGCGACCUCUUCUGGGUGCCCUGCGACUGCAAGCAGUGCGCGCCGCUGCCCAACAACGGCACGGCGGAGGGCGUGCCGCCGCUCCGCGAGUACAGCCCGAGGCGGUCGUCGACGAGCACGCCGGUGACGUGCGAGAGCCCGCUCUGCGACCGGCCCAACGCCUGCGGCGCCGCCACCAACGGCAGCUGCCCGUACGGCGUCCGCUACGUGUCCGCCAACACCUCCUCCUCCGGGGUGCUCGUCCAGGACGUGCUCCACCUCACCCGGGAGGGUCCCGGCCCCGGCGCCGCCGCGGAGCCCCUGCAGGCUCCCGUCGUGUUCGGGUGCGGGCGGGUGCAGACGGGCGCGUUCCUCGACGGCGGCGGCUUCGACGGCCUGCUGGGGCUCGGCAUGGACAGGGUGUCCGUGCCCAGCGUGCUCGCCGCCCGCGGCCUCGUCGCGUCCGACAGCUUCUCCAUGUGCUUCGGCGACGACGGCGUUGGCCGGAUCAACUUCGGCGACGCCGGCAGCCGCGGCCAAGCCGAGACGCCAUUCAUCCCGAGGACCACCCAGUCAGUUGCUGCUCUGUCUGUUAAGUACCUCAUAACCACUUGCUUGCUGAUUGAUCCGUCAAAUAAAAUAUUCUGCAGCCCGACGUACAACGUGAGCUUCACGACGAUCAACGUCGGCAGCGAGUCGGCGCCGGUGGAGUUCGCCGCCGUCAUGGACUCCGGCACGUCCUUAACCUACCUCAACGACCCGGAGUACACGGCGCUCGGCACCAGUUUCAACUCUCGGAUUCGCGAGAGGAGGGCCAACUUCAGCAGCGGAUCUGCAGGCCGUUUCCCCUUCGAGUACUGCUACACACUCAGCCCUGACCAAAGGGAGUUGGAUCUCCCGGUGGUGAGCCUGACGGCGGCGGGGGGAGCACUGUUCCCGGUCACCGACCCGAUCAUCGGGGUCUCCGACGGGGCCAGCGCCCGUCCCAUCGGUUACUGCCUGGCCGUCGUCAAGAACGACAUCCCCAUCAACAUCGUCGGCCUGAACUUCAUGACCGGGCUCAAAGUAGUGUUCGACCGGGAGAGGUCCGUCCUGGGCUGGCAGGAAUUCGACUGUUACAAGAACGCCAGAGUGGCGGACGGACCGGGCGGGAGCCCAAGCCCCGCGCCGGCGCCGACGAAGCUCACGCCGCGGCAGAACGACGCCACCAGCGGGUACCCCGGCGCGGCGCCCGUGCCGCGGCCGCCGUCCGCCGGCUCGCGCGGAGGGAUCUCCCUGCUGCUCCCUCUGCUGCUGGGCGCUGCUGCCGCCCUUGUCUGACGCUCGCCAACGGCUUCUUCUUCUUCUUCCAGAGUUGCCGUGUAUAUAUACACAUACAGAUACUGCUCGACUCCGAUUCAGAGUUCAGAUUUUGGAAUUAGGAUUAGGUUUGCAGGUUGCCGUGUAUAUUGGAGACGAAAUUUCUUGGUGGUGACUGAUGAGGGGAGGGCCAUUUCGUGAUCAUAUACUACUCAUAUAUAUUUCGUAUACGAAUAAACGUAUAGUUGACACAUUCUUGCGA